UUACCACCCAAGGAAUUUGUCCUUCCCAGUUUUUCUCUUCUUCUCUCUCUAUUGUUGAAAUCUGUGAAUAGGUUAAAUUCGUCAGUAGUCAUGUCUAUGUAGCAAAUCUUGAUGAAAAUUUGUUAUUGAAAAUUUCCAAUUGAAAGUUCAUCAUAUUUUAAUGAUUAACAAUUUAGGAGAAAGAAACUGAAUGGCAGACGAAACCAUAUUUGAUUUUUUACACGCCGAAAUCAUAAACUACGUACUAGGAAAUAAUGAAAUGAAAAAUAAAGAUGAAAAAGAUGAAGACUUAUCACUAAUUGAAUACAUUGGGUUUUCUACAGGAUAUAGAAUCAUCGAAAGGUUAACCAAGGAAAUGCCCCGAUUCAAAGAUGAACUAGAUACUAUGAAGUUUAUCUGUACGGACUUUUGGUCUGCAGUUUACAAAAAACAGAUCGAUAACCUGAGAACAAAUCACCAAGGAAUCUAUGUGUUGCAGGACAAUGCUUUUAGGUUCUUAACAAGACUGUCCAAUGGCAAACAGUAUUUGGAAGCAGCUCCCAGAUAUGUAACGUUCACCUGUGGUGUUAUCAGAGGUUGUUUAGCCAAUUUGAAUAUUCUUUGUUUGGUUACAGCUGAAGUUCAAAAUAUGCCGUCUUGUAAAUUCCAUAUUCAAGUUCAGAGGUCUUGAUUUCGUUUAUAGUAGUACGUAAGUUAAUCAAG